AUGCCAUGACUCUACACCAUUUGGGAGGCAUUCAUCUCACUAUCAGAACGCGACCAGUACGAUAUUCUUGUAUCUCUUCAGGCCCGCAACCCCCGGGCCUUAACUGCCAAAGGCGACGAUGACGCCGAUUUUCUCGGUAGCAUCGAUGACGAUAAUACAGGCUGGGAAAUACUUUCAAUUUCAGAGGAUAAUCAAUCACCAACGCUUCUUUCGUUCAGUAGAAAUCGAGCUGCCAAGCGAAGGAGUCGGAAGCGCUCCUCUAACAACAUUAUUGUAAAGUCUCCAAAGAAUAAGGAUGAGCCAUCUGGUCAUGUUGGUUGUUCUGGUGAGAUAACAAGGUGA